AUGUCAGGAGCUAGAAGAGGCAGAGGACGACCUGCUAGAGGCAGAGGUCAGGGAGGUGCUGGUCCUUGUGGUGUUGACCAUGACAAUGUUCUAUUGGAGGAUGCACCUUAUGCGCCGAAUCCUAUGAUUGGAUUUAUCAGAGAUAUACGUAAAUUGGGAGCUAUUGAAUUUGUCGGACCUACCGAUCCACUUGAUGCAGGGAAGUGGAUUGAAGAUAUGGAAAAGUAUUUUGAGAUGAUGGACUGCACUGAGGUGCAGAAAAGGAAGAUUGGUGCUUUUCUUUUAUCUGGUGAGGCGCGCCAGUGGUGGCAGUCAGAGACCAGGAUGGUUAUGGACAUUACAGCUAUGACUUGGGAUGAUUUUAAAACUCGGUUCAACGACAAAUACUUCCCACUAUCAGUGAGGGAGAAGAAGGCAACUGAGUUUAUGCAGCUGGAACAGAACAAUGAGAUGUCAGUCAGUGAGUACGAGAGGAAGUUUACAGAGCUAUCCCGAUUCGCUCCUCACAUUGUUGUACAUGAGUUGCACAAGGUUAGAAAGUUUGAGCGAGGGUUGAUUUCUCAUGUGAAGAAGUUUGUGGUGGGUCAUCGUUAUGAUACAUAUGCUAAAGUGGUGGAAUGUGCCAUGGCGGUAGAGGAGAAUAAUAUCAUUGCCUUUCAGAAACAGAAGGAGCGUAGGGCAGAACAGAAAAGUAAGGGGGCUAGCAACUCUCAACAAAAUCAGAGCAGCUCUCAACAGAAUCAGAGGGGUCAGCAGCAGCAGACUCAGAGAAACUGGCAGGGACAUUUGGCUCGUAAUUGUCCCAAGCCUCACAAGAAUAACCAGCAGAGAGGCCAGGCACCACAACAGCACAGAGGUACAAGGUUUAAUACAGUUGUUCCAGAUGGGAGACAGGACCGUGCACCACUAGAAGUGGAAGGUACACUUACUGUUUAUGGCAAUAUAGCUAAAGUACUAUUUGAUUCAGGUUCUUCAUAUUCUUUUAUUACAUUAUCAUUUGUGGAGACAUUGGGAUUAGAACUUGGACAUAUGAGUAAUUCCUUAUCUAUUGUAACUCCACUCGGGAGCCCGACGACACUUGAUAGAAUAUGUCAUGCUUGUCCUAUUACAAUUGGGGAAUUGGAGUAUCCUAUUGAUUUGAUAGCAUUGCGUAUGAGAGACUUUGAUGCUAUACUGGGUAUGGAUUGGUUGGCUCGAUAUCAUGCUCAGUUGGACUGUCAUGAGAGGAUUAUUGUAUUCUCAAUUCCGGGACAGUCACUUUCUCGAUAUAAGUAUGGAGAGUUUGAGGGCACCAUGACUAUGGGAUUUCUCGCCCACAUUGAGGUGGUUGAGCAAUGUGUGACUAUAGAGCAGUUGCCUACAGUGUCAGAGUUUGCAAAUGUGUUUUAG